GCCAUUUUAUCGAUGGCUCCGUUUUGUAGUGAAAACGACUUUAGUUUUUAAUAAUUUCUGUGUUCAUUUCUUCAAAAUCACUAAUGAUUCUUCAUAAAUCCACGGUGUUGUUGCCACAAGUAGUUUUCCUCAGAGAGUUCGCUUGGUAAUCAGUAAAAAUGUCGGCCUCCACCACGCAAACCAACGGCAAGAAGAGCUCCAACAGUUCGGCCGUGAACACCCCAGCCAGCACCCCGGUGACGAAUGGCAAUUCGCAGACCAUCUCCCAGAGCACCCCGCCGCCCCCUAACAACAACGCCCCCAAAUACGGCACCCUCGUCCCCAACCGAAUCUUCGUCGGUGGCAUCUCGGCCAACACCACCGAAGGCGAGCUCCUCCAGCUCUUCAGCAACUACGGCACCGUGAAGGCCGCCAAGAUCAUCCAGGACCGGGCGGGAGUCUCGAAGGGCUACGGUUUCAUCACGUUCGAGAGCGAGGACGACGCCAAACGUCCUCUGAAAGAUGCAGACAACAUAGUGCUCAGGGAAAGAAAACUUAAUAUCGCUCCAGCUAUUAAGAAACAACCGUUUAAUCGGGCAUUUGACGCUUCAAGUCCGUCGACCGUGGCUCCCGGCAACACUGCCCAGUACUUUUUCCCUCCUACUGCCGGAGUUCCGUACUUUCAAGGAGGUGUGACCUACUACCAGCAGCCGCCGGCCGCUCCCGGGGAUCCCAAUUCUCAGCCGACGACUGUCUAUCAGGCACCCCCUGUGUAUCCGGCCCAAACCGGCCCACCUCAGGCCCCUACUUACUCGCCAAUGAUGUUCCCUCAUCAUAUUUACAUGCCACAACAGUACGCCAUGCCACCGAUGCCGUACGAGUACAACUACUACCCGAACAACGGAGGACCCCAGUACAUGGUCGGUGGACAGAACGGUCCCAGCAGCAAUAGCGGCUCAGCCGCCGCCGCAGCAGCAGCAGCAGCCGCCGCCGCCGCCGGAUCGUCCCAGGCCCCCGGUCCGAUGCCUCCCUCCAGCAGCCCUCCCCGACCGCCCUGCUACAACGCCCAACUACCGCCCUACGCCCCCGACCCCGUUUACUACAACGUGCCCGUUUACGGGGGCCCGCUCGAGGGCGGCCCAGUCUCCGUCUACCCCGAAGGUCUGGAGAUGGCCAACGGCGGUUAUCCUGAGGUUAGUCAGAUCGUAGGCGAUUUCUUAGCCCCCGGCUUUGACGCUGGCGCGGAUGUGCAGGGCCCCUACCCUGUGGCCGACCAUCCGCCGCCCGCCCAAGACAUAGUCGAUCCGCACGAACCGCCGCCGCAGGCGCCGCCCCCGCUCGACCCCGCGCGCUCUCCGGCCGACGCCGACGCCGGCCGCCAGACGAAAACGCCGGUCGUCUCGCUGCUGUCGAUGGAGCAACACCAGGAGAAGGACCUCGUCUCGAUGCAGGGCGGCCGCCGCGUCAAGCUGCAGCCGCCCCCGCCGCCGCCGCAGCCUCUCGUCGUGCCGCACUUCGCCCAGGGCCAGCCGCCGCAGCCGCUUUACCACUAUAACUUUGGCGGGCCGCCGCCCCCGUACAAGCUCAACGGCUGGCGGAAGACGCGUAACUUCAACGCGACACGCAAACCCGAGAACGGCUCGAGCAGGUCGAGUCUCCGGACGGACUCGAACUCGUCGGCGAACGCGGACGACGCGCCGCCCCCGCUGCCGCCGCACCCGGCGGCGGCGCCCCCGCACAACACCUUCCACAUGUACAACGGCGGCACGAGGACGUACCAGAAUUCGCUCGGCCGGAGGAGCGGCCACGGCCCGCCCGCCGCCGCCGCCGCCAAGAAGGACGGGGAUAAUAACAAUAAGAGUAAAAGUUUUGUCCCUUCGCAACAGGUGCGGAAUAACGGGCAGCAGAACUUCGUCGUGACGUCGGCGACGGUAGCGUCGUCGGCGGCGGCAGCGGCGAGGAGGAACAAGAGGUCGACGCGCCGGAACGUCCAGCCUGGAGGCGGCUCGCUCAGCGAGAUCGGGGCCGGCGACGCGCCGCUCCCUCUCCCUCCGAACAACGACGUUUCUGAUACCUGUAAAAAAAUGGAAACGCUGAAAAUGUGAUUAAGAGGUUUGUUGUUGACACUUAAGAAAAGGGAUAAUUUAUUUAUUAUAAAAAAAAUAAUAAAAAUGUUUGCUUGUAUAUAAAAAAAACAAAACAAGAAUAAAAAUGCAAUAUUAUUUAAAUAAUCGACAAUAUUAUUGUUAUUAACACGAAAGUGAGAGAAGCCCGUUUAGCUUUGGACUUUUUCCUAGGUUAGGAUUCUUUUUGUAGAUACAUAAAAAGAAAAAAACUAAGUCCUAAAUAUUUUUAACAAGCAAUUGUUAUUUAAUGUAUAAGGAUGUGUAUAAAUUAGUUUAGUUUUGAUUAUUUUUUAAACUCGAUGACUCUAUUCGCAACAAUCGUAUUAGUAGAGGGGAAAGUUCGUCUGUCAAGUCCUUUACGAUAGUGCGCAUGUCCUACUGAUUACUGCGAAAAUACAAAGAAAACAAAAAACGAGUAAAGUACUUGGCAUCCAGUUUGGUCGUCAGAGCUGAACAGUUUUUUGCCUUAUUUCCUCUCAUUGUACGUUCUUCAUUGUAUCAAUCUAGGUUAGUUUUUUGAUAUUUUUUCCCUUAACAGUCUUUGUAAUUGACUUUAAAAUCAAAGUGAGAUUUUUGCUCAAAAAGGCUGCCAUCGGUUUUAGUCCAAAUCGAGUGAAUCUAUCGGCUCUCUAAAAAACAAACAAAAACAAAAAAUCUUCUUUCCUAUAAACACCACCUUGGUAGUAGUUGUUUCGUUCUCCUGUUAGUCUCGUAAUAUUUCAAUUUUAGGCUGUGACGUUAAAUUGUUGAAUUUGUAGGAGUUGUUUCGAAAUUCAAAAUUUUUCACGGGACAGAUUGUUACACACAAAAAAAAAGUUUCAAAGAGCCUAAAAUUUGUUAUGAUUUUUUUUCCAAAGAAAGUAUUUUAAGAUUAGCGAGUAAGAUCUCUAGGUUAAGAUAGUAAUUUAUUAAGUAGUGUAGAUAUUUAGGUGUCAUAGUUCAUAAAAAAAAUCUUGGCCAAAACUAUUACACGUUUAGUUAGGUUGUCAUACAUACAUUGAAAAAAACAAACAAAACGAAUUGUUUAUCUUACAUUUAGUCGGACAAUACCGAGUCUUUUCUUAUUGAAGUAUAUUAACAUUGUACCUGUAUUAAAGUAAUCUAAAAAUUUGUAAAUACCUAUUUAGUUGAUAUACUUGUUGAUGUUUGGAAAUUUUAUCGAUGCGAGCGUUUUCGUUGCGUUAUUGGCCAACGUAGCUUUUAAUUUUGUAGGUUUAGGGAGAUCACCCAACGCCCCCUCACAAAAAACAAUUAAGAGCAAUAUGUAACUUUGUCAAUUUUAGUUUGUAUAUAACCAAAAAUGGAAAAAUUUCGUAAAAAAAGAAAUGCUCUAAAAACGGUUGUGCAUAAAAGUUGUAGUUGUAACAUGUAGUCGUAGUUUAAGACACGAUUGAUUGGCGAUCGCCAACUACAAAAUACAAACUGAAAUGUGAGCUAUGAUAAGCCAAAUUUUUGUGAUAGCGGCGAAAAAUGUGUUUUUAAAAUUAAAAUUGCCGCGCAAUUGUAAUUUUAAAACACAGAUUUCCGACUUAAAAUGUGUGUUCAACAACUUGAAAUCUUGUAGGCGUAUUAGACUUGCUUUUGGGGAGGCUGCCGGGCAGAGUGGCUCGCUGCGCUACCUCGUCAUUACUACAUAGUUAUUAAAGAUAAAAACAUGAAAAGUAAAAUAGCGUUACAGAAAACUAUAAAUGUAAAAUAAAAUGCAAUAUUUUAGAAAUUAUAUAACUUAAGAAAACAGUGAGAAAUAUUUAUUAAUUACAAUAAUACUAUGAUUAAUUACUAUUAAUUAAGCUAUGUACAAAGUAUCUCAGAUAAUAAAUCUAAAUUUAAGAA